GAUUCGCGUCUGAAUCAAUGUAUCAUCACCCCACACACAGGAGAAGCGAGAGAGAAGAAGGCGGCGCCCAAGAAACCCUAGAGCGGACACAAGUAAAUCUGGUUUUAGGGUUGAGGGUUUUAGCUUUAGGGAUGUCUGGGCGCGGGCGAGGAGCAUUUAGCCGCGGGCGUGGGCGGGGUCGCGGAGGAGGGGGGCGUGCCGGGCCGAUCAUCCGCGACGAGACAGGCGGGAUUCUCACCGCGAGGAAGCUCGAAGGGCCGCCUCCUCUCUUUCCGGCGGUAGAGACACUACCCGAGAGGCCGGAUAUCACACAGGGAAACAAUGCGUUCCUUGUGGAGCGGAGGAGAACUCUCCACACAUUUUGGAACGAGUCGGCCUAUUACAUCGAGGCUGUCGACAAAGACACUUCUAGCGUGCCUUCGGAUGUCGAGCGUUGCUUGAGUAGAUCCAAGCCUGGCCCUCAGACCAAGCGAAAGUCCUUGUCGCUCUACCUUCAGCUCAGCUCCAUGUUCUUCCCUGCAGAGUUGCUAGGAAACCAGAGAAAGAAAAGGAGGGAGAAUGACGAAGAAGGUAUAUGGAAUCUGAAGGGGAGCAGCAAGAGUGAUCUUGGUCGGUUGGACAAGCUAGCGUCCCUGGAGCAGAAAGUUGGACAGAAAGGCGAUAAGGAAGCUGGCGAGAACAAGGAAGGGGAAGGUGCAGAAGAAAACGAGGAGGACCAAGACAUAGCUUUUGAUGACGAGGAUGAAUUCGAGGACGACUAUGGGAAGAACGAGGAGUUCGAUGACGACGAAGAGUACGACUUUGAUGAUGGUGGUGGCGAUGAUGAAGGCCCUACGUACUGAGGAAGGAACAAAUGAAUGCAUGAGGAAGAGAAGAAGAAAAAAAAAA